UUUUUUUUUGUAUGUGGGUUUAUCUCUGAUCUAAAUACAAUGAAUUGGCCUACCAAAAAAAAAACCAAGAAAAAAGGGAAUGUAAAAGAAGUAGACCAAAAAAAAUUUCAAAUGCGAUGCAUGUGAGAUAGUUGAAAGAACUGAGAAAAGUCUGCCAGAGACUUUCGGUCUCAGCAGCUAUUAUUUUGUCUCCUAGCUGCCUAAAGAACCACUCUUUCUCUCUCUUUACCAAAUCCUCUGCUCAAAUCAAAAUUAGGGUUUUGAAGUUGACGGCGAGAAGAUGAGUGCUUCAAGGUUUAUAAAAUGUGUCACCGUCGGUGACGGCGCCGUCGGCAAGACUUGUCUUCUCAUCUCCUACACCAGCAACACUUUCCCUACUGAUUAUGUGCCAACGGUGUUUGAUAAUUUCAGCGCCAAUGUUAUUGUCGAUGGGAACACCAUCAACUUAGGAUUGUGGGACACUGCAGGACAAGAGGACUAUAAUAGACUAAGACCGUUGAGCUAUCGCGGUGCUGAUGUGUUCUUGCUUGCGUUCUCUCUCGUCAGCAAAGCUAGCUACGAAAAUGUUUCUAAAAAGUGGGUUCCUGAACUGAGACAUUAUGCUCCCGGUGUUCCCAUCAUCCUUGUUGGAACAAAGCUCGAUCUACGAGAUGAUAAACAGUACUUUCUUGAGCACCCUGGAGCUGCUGUGCCUAUAUCUACUUCCCAGGGUGAAGAGCUAAAGAAGCUUGUUGGGGCUUCUGCUUAUAUAGAAUGCAGUGCAAAGACACAACAGAAUGUAAAAGCUGUCUUUGAUGCGGCUAUCAAAGUAGUUCUCCAGCCACCCAAAAACAAGAAGAGGAAGAAGAGAAAAACUCAGAAAGGCUGUUCUAUAUUGUGAUUCUAGAGAAGAAGAUUCUAGAGAAGGAUAGUUUACUAAUCCUUGUUGCCGAGUGCGCAGACACAUUUCUCUCAUUUCCAUAUAACAGGAAGCUGUUGCUUGUACUUUGUAGUCUUUAAAACUGACAUAUCAGAAGAACUCAUUGGUCAAGUGUUGAAACUUUUGGGUUGUAUUCUUGUUUGCGCUCCGAAUCUGUAUAUAUAUAUAUGAAUCCUACGUUUGCUUUC